ACAAGAGGAUAUACUCAAACCUACAAACGCUAAGUACGUUACCAUCCCAGAAAGCACAUUUACCCUCACAACAAAGAUGGAGUUUAAUAGAGAGGCAGACAGUGAACUUAAGUUUAAGACUUCGAAAAAGAUGCCUGUCACUUCAACAUUUGAGGCAAUGGGCUUAAAAGAAUCGCUUUUGAGAGGAGUAUAUGGCUAUGGAUUUAGUUUACCGUCAGCAAUCCAAUCUCGGGCAAUCACACAGAUUAUAUCCGGGCGUGAUACGAUAGCUCAAGCUCAAUCUGGAACAGGUAAAACUGCGACGUUCUCCAUCGGAAUGUUGGAAGUUGUCGACACAUCAAAUAAAUCCUCUCAAGCAAUUGUCUUAUCACCAACUAGGGAGCUUGCUACUCAAAUCCAAAAUGUCAUCCGGGCUUUGGGUGAUUUCAUGAAUAUACGAGUACACGCUUGUGUUGGUGGUAAAAGUGUUGGUGACGAUAUCAAAGCACUUUCGAAAGGGCAGCAUAUAGUGAGUGGAACUCCGGGAAGAGUUCUAGACAUGAUUAAGAGGAGGAAUAUCAACACUCGAAGCAUUAAGAUGAUCAUUUUGGACGAGGCAGAUGAGUUAUUGGGAAAAGGAUUUCAAGACCAAAUAUACGACAUAUACAGGUAUUUACCACCUGGGGUUCAGGUUGUGGUGGUUAGCGCCACACUACCAAAAGAAGUCUUAAAUAUGACUAAAAAGUUCAUGAGUGAUCCAGUGAAGAUAUUGGUGAAGCGUGAUGAAAUAACUUUAGAGGGUAUCAAACAGUACUUUGUCCAGGUCGAAAAGGAGGAAUGGAAGUUUGAUACAUUGUGUGAUUUAUACGAUUCUCUUACAAUCACACAGGCGGUUAUCUUCUGCAAUACCAAAAAGAAAGUCGAUUGGCUUACCUCUGAGCUCAAAAGAGCCAACUUCACAGUCGUUUCGAUGCAUGGUGACAUGAAACAGGACGAAAGAGAUAAAAUCAUGAACGAGUUCAGAUUGGGUAACUCAAGAGUCCUCGUGUCUACAGACGUCUGGGCAAGAGGUAUUGAUGUUCAGCAAGUUUCUCUUGUGAUAAAUUAUGAUUUGCCUACUGAUCGUGAAAAUUAUAUUCAUAGAAUUGGCCGUUCAGGCCGUUUUGGUAGAAAAGGUGUUGCUAUCAAUUUCGUCACGGAAGAAGAUGUCGCAGCUUUGCAUGAAUUGGAACAUUAUUAUUCGUCGCAAAUAGAAGAAAUGCCUGUCAAUAUUAGUAGUAUAAUGUAAAUGCUCAAUCUGUACUUGUACCUUUUAAUAACUUUUUGCAUAAUACAUCAUUGUUUUCCUUGAAGAUAUUUAUCAGUCUCUCGAUUUGAUCAAUAUCCUCUGUCGGUUGUAUGAUGCUCUCAAGCCCCAC